CUAGGAUAUGCCACCCCUGAACAUCAAUGACCCUCCAUGGAAUAACACCUGAGGAAGGAUACAGCAUGAAGCGUAUCUUUCUCCUGAGCAUCUCCAUAUAAAAUUACGCCCAUCUGAAGAUUUGAGGCCAACUUUCACCUCAUCUGUAAAGAGAACUCAUCCCCAAUUGCCCAAUGUCCAAUUCACAUAUUCCCUGAAUUGAAGCCUGAUCAUUUUCUGAGCUGUGUACUGGAGGAAAUCAAAACAUUUUGGAUUUGUCAUCAGAUUUCCCGUAAUGCUGCAGUUCGUAGAUCCUGAUGGCGGAUAAAUAUAUGUAGUCUCCCUAGUUCAUAGACCUGGGUUGACCCUGUCCUGGCCUUCAAGCGUGAAGCGUCAAAUUUAAUUAUAGAGUGAUUUAGUCUCCUGGCGACUUCGUACUGGCUGUAUCCUACCUCUAAUAAUUUAUCACCCUGCCACUGUCAUACUCACUCAAAUGCAUGACUGGUGCCAUUGAAAAAGGACCUAAACCUCAGGCCCCGGCAAAUGUCAAGGGCUCGACAACACAGAGCAAUAAUGACAAGGAAGGCAGAAUUGACAAAUUUGAAUCUGUUCGCCCUUUUUUCGAGAACAAAUUGAGCAAGAAAGACCUCUUUAAAUUGGAAGGAGAACUCAGAAAGCGUUUUCCACUUUCAAAAGCACAACAGGUUUUCAAGAAGCGUAUUCACAGACGUGGUUGUGCUAAGAGUUCUGGCUUGAGCAAUACUCAGAAGAAAGCGAUAGGUCUGUACAAUUUAAGCAGAACGGGGCUUUUAUACGAAGACCUGAUCCCUCUGCACAAUAUGUGGAAUAGUUACAUGGAAAACUAUUUAGGCCUGAGGCACCUUAAGGACAGCAACACGUUUGGCGAUGUUACGAGUCCAAACUAUGACGAAACAAUGCAGCAGCUGUGGAAGGCCGAUUAUCAUGGAGCGUACAUCAAAGUUUCCAAAUCAACAUGCCCGUCCCUCGUCGGUGUCGAGGGUAUUCUUGUCUUCGAAACAAGAAACAUGCUCAAAUUACUCGGAAAGGACAACAUUUUAAGAAACAUUCCGAAAAUGUCCUGCGAGUUCAAACUGAGACUCGGGGACUACGAGUUGAGUUUCCUUGGAAAGAACUUCAUGGUCAGGUCGUCUGACCGAUCAAUCAAAAAGCUGAAGGGAAUGAGACAAAUCAGUUUAUUUAGUUUUAAUUAAUUUUUUUUUAAGUGAACACUGUUUUAAUUGUAUAUUAUUGUAUUUGUA